UGCCAUAUUCCUUGAUCACGGACCAUACCCAUCGGCUUUACAAUCCAAAGAGAAUACAAAUACUACGUAAGAUUACAAUCUAUGGGCUUAUAAGAUAAAAAAAAUAUUGAUAUUUGGUUAUAAUUUACUUUUUAGUAUAAAAAUAAUUAUUAUUUAUAAAGUUAAGGCCUAUUUGAGUAUUCGUUCUAGCCAUUAGGGAGAGAAAUGUUCGCUCCCCACUUAAAACAGUUAUAUCGCAGGUGUGAUAAGUUUAUCGUUAGAAAUUUGCGAAGUGCUGGUAAAUGGAAUGAACGCGCCAGACGAAAUAAUCCUGGCCUGAAUAACCAAAUUGAAGCUUUCCAAGAAGAUGGCAUUGCUGUCACUGAAGACAACGCAGAGCAGUUUGUUAAUGAAUCUGAAAGCGACUUCUAUAAUGUUGAUGGUUCAUAUUCAGAACAUAUAGAAGAAACACUCAUGGGCAAGCAUGAGAUGCGUCAUCACAUAGUAAAAGAGAAGUAUUUUAAAGAGAACUUGCCCAAUUUACUGACUUGGAGUGAAAAGGAACAGAUUCGACACUUGGCCUCAACUCAGCCUGAUGAAUGGACUCCUGAGAAAAUUGCAGAGAGCUUUCCUGUUACUGCACCUAUUGUUAAGAAACUUUUGAAAUAUCCAUGGAAACCAGCUACAGAGCAGCGUAUAGAAAGGCAUGAUGCAUCUGUUAUGAGAAAUUGGAAGGAACUGAAGGAAGGCGGCUUGGGAUUACCAGAAAAUAUGCGUAAACAUUUCCUUAAAUUCUCAGAGAGAACUAUACCACCUUUGAACCAAAAAUCAAUUAAAAUUGACAUAACCCAAGAGGAGAAAAUGGGAGAAUUUGAAAGAAUUGUGCAGAGGUGUGCAAGUCAAGGAACAAAAGAAAACCAUGGUGAAAAGAGUGAUUCAGUUGGAACAAACUAUACAACGGACAACAAGAAUAAAGUGCAUAAGGAUAACAGCAGAACAACAUUAGAUGAAUUGACAGCAAAAAUAAAAAAAAGGUUAGAAACUGGCCAAGAUGUUGACUUGCCAGAUCAAAUAAUUUUAAACACCACAAAAACUAAAACAAUUCCAACAAAUCAAGAAAUGACGAAAGAAAUUGAAUUGUUUAAGGAUGAGAUAAAAGAAAACAAAGUAACAGAGUACAAAGAGCCAGAUGAUGAUAAAAGUAUAAUGAAUUAUCCAGAAAAAAUCAACAUACCGAGGAAAGCUUAUAAGAAAGGCGCAACAUACAAAGUUAAUGAUUGCUAUUAUGACCAUGAUGGGAAAUUCUUGUACAGAGUAUUAGGAAUGUGUUAAUCUAGGCACCAAAUAAAAGAAUUAUUACUGAAGC